AUGGAGAAAUACAUUUUAUAUCAAAUGGAGUUAUUUGACAACCUAAAAAAUUGUGAGAAAAAUUUAAGAAAGACACCGAAGGAGAGAAUUAAAAAAGCAUAUUUAGAAACUAGAUUGGAGCAAUUAGAAACAUUAUGGAACGAUUUUAAAGAAGGACAUAAAAAUAUUAUUUUGAAAAUUUCGAAAGACGAAGACAGAAAACUAUCAUAUUUCAAAAAUGAAGUGUUUGAAGCGUUUGAGGAGAUGUAUAUCAGUACUAAAUCUAUGUUAAAGGAAAUGAUAAUGCCUUUUUUAAAAUCUUCGAAUAAUUCUCAAACUACCGGCGUUCCCGAUGUUAACGAUUCCAAUAGAAACUGUGAUAUUAAGUUGCCGAUUAUUAAAAUUCCAACCUUUACCGGUAAAUACGAGGAGUGGCAAACGUUUUACGAUUUAUUCUAUUCUCUCAUACAUAACAAUGAAGCUUUGUCACCGGUGCAAAAACUCCAUUAUUUAAAAAGUAAUUUAUCGGGUGAACCUGAAACAAUGUUACGUAAUUUUUCCAUAACUGACCCCAAUUAUGAAGAAGCGUGGUGCCAACUUGUGAAGAGAUAUAAUAACAAGAGGUUUAAUUGCAACGCCAUUUUGAAAAUUCUGUUUACACAAAAGAUGAUUACUGCAGAGUCUGCGAGUCAUAUAAAGCAACUUCUAGACACAACGGUUACCUGUUUAAAAGCGUUAUCGAAUAUGGGUAUAGAUACGCAUUCGUGGGAUAUAAUUAUCAACUAUUUAGUCAUUUCAAAACUGGACUCCGAGUCGAUGCGACAGUGGGAACAACGUGUAAGUGUCCAAUCUGAGUUACCUACAUGGUGCGGACGCCGUCAUCAUUCAAUGAUUCAUGUUGAACGCGAGCCUAAAGUUGAUAAUCCAGUCGAGACGGCUUCCACAUCUACAGGUAUAGAGAAUAAGUCUAGAGGUAAGCCUAAUAUUUUGUCAAAUGAUAACAACAUUAUAACAAAUUUUUGUGAACAUAUUGAUUCAAAUAGUACUUUAUUAGCUACAGUUCAAGUUUUAGUUGAGAGUAAAAAUGGUAAUAAUCAUGUUAUUAGGGCUUUGUUAGACCAAGGGUCGCAGGCAUCGUUUGUGACAGAAGCAACAGUUCAGUUACUUAAACUUUCACGUAAGUCAGUAAGUGGUUGGGUGUCAGGUGUGGGAGAAGGGCAAAUGAGAAUUAAAUACAUGGUUUCGUUAUGUUUGAAAUCACGCCACAAUCCCGAGUCUAGAGUUUGUGUAAAUGCAUAUGUAUUGCGUUCAUUAACAGCACUGCUACCUAUCACUAAGCUACAUUCACCUGAGUGGUCAGACAUAGAAAAAUUAGAGUUGGCUGAUCCAGGAUAUACAACACCAGGAAGAAUAGAUAUUCUUCUUGGAGCCGAGGUUUAUAGUGAUGUAUUAUUAAAUGGUAUCAUGAAACAUCCUACAAGUAAUUUACUUGCACAAAAUACUAUUUUUGGUUGGGUAUUGUCUGGUAAGGUUUGUAGUCCACGCAACUCGGCAAGGAAUACGGUAUCUAGCUUGCAUAUACAACUUAAGGAUGAUGACAUUCUUAAGCUUUUCUGGGAGCAAGAAAAUGAACCGAACAUAAUUAAAAGAAGAUUGUCAAAGGAAGAAGAAAGAUGUGAAAAAAUCUAUGAUGCUACAACUACGAGGGAUAAGGAAGGGAGGUUUAUAGUUAAGUUACCAUUUAAAACCGAACACUCUAGCUGUCAAAAUGGCAAAUUAUAUGAGAUGGCUGCUAGAAGAUUUAUGAGCUUAGAGAAGAAGUUACAAAGUAAUCAAGAUUAUCAAAAAGAAUACAUAAAGGUAAUGCAAGAGUACAUAGAUUUAAAACAUAUGGUUGAAGUUGAUUCGCAACACAUUGACAAUCAAAAUACUGUCUACUUACCACACCACGGUGUGCUUAGAGAAGACAAAACAACAACGAAGCUGCGAAUUGUUUUCGACGCUUCAUGCAAGGGAGUUAAUGGGUUUUCUUUAAAUGAUGAUCUGCUGGUGGGCCCAAAGCUCCAGCAGGAUCUACGACAUAUUUUGAUGAGAUGGAGGACUCAUAAGAUCUGUAUAACUGCAGAUAUUAUAAAAAUGUACAGGAUGGUACGUGUGGCAGAAGAAGACACAGAUUUUCAGAGGCUACUUUGGAGAUCCACACCCGAUGAGCAAUUAAGACAUUACAAGCUGUUGAGACUGACUUUUGGGACUGCAUGCGCUCCGUAUCUUGCUGUGAAGUCACUACAAAGAUUAGCAGAUGAUGCAGAAUUUAAAUAUCCAGAGGCUGCAAAAAUAAUAAAAAAUGAUUUCUACAUGGAUGACCUUUUAACAGGAUGUGAAACAGAAGAUGAAGCCAUAGAAAUUUACAAUAAUAUGAACAAAUUGUUGAACUCGGGAGGAUUUGAUCUCCAAAAGUGGAGUAGUAAUAAUCAAAAUGUACUAAAAUACAUCGGAGAAAAUAAGCGAGAUGAUCAUGAACUCCCUCUUAAAAUCAAUAGUCUGGUGAAGGUGUUAGGAGUAAUUUGGAAUCGUGAUGCGGAUAAUUUUGAAUAUACCUUAAAUCUAGCAGGAACUAAACAACCUAUAACAAAGCGACAAAUUCUUUCAAAUAUAGCAAAGCUCUAUGAUCCUUUAGGUUGGUUGGCUCCGGUUGUUGUGAUAGCAAAGAUGAUCAUGCAGAAGCUAUGGAAAUCAGGCCUGGAAUGGGAUGAUACUGUGCAAGGAAGUUUAUUGGCUGAGUGGCUAAAUUUCAGAGAAAAUUUGAUACAUAUAAAAAAGAUUACUAUACCUAGAUCAUUACAUUUCUCUAAGAUGUCUUCUGUAGAAUUACAUGUUUUUGCAGAUGCUUCUCUGUUAGCAUAUGGGGCAGUUGUUUAUAUUCGUGUAGUCAAGGAUGAAAGGGUCUUUGUAAACUUAAUAACAGCCAAGACAAAAGUAGCUCCAAUUGAUAAACAAAUUUCCAUCCCUAGGCUGGAACUCUGUUCCGCGGCUCUGGCAGCUAAACUAAUUUUUGAGACUCAAGUAAUGAAUAUACCUAAAGUUAACUUACAUGCGUGGUCUGAUUCCACAAUUGUGUUGGCGUGGCUGAAGGGAGGACCAGGUCGAUGGAAUACCUUUGUAAGCAACAGAGUUUCUGACAUUUUAAAUAUCUUAGACUAUGAACAGUGGGGUCAUGUUGCUUCGGAAGUUAACCCAGCUGACUGUGCCUCAAGAGGUUUACAAGCUUCAGAAUUGGUGAAUCAUACAUUGUGGUGGAAAGGCCCUACCUGGUUGUCUACAAGGAGCAUGAAAUUAAAUUACUUAGAGAUAGAUGACACACAAGAAGAAGAGAAGGUCAAGACUUUAACUGUUUUACUAGAAAGUGAACAAGAUUUGAUUUGGACAAAAUUUUCUGAUUUAUCAAAAAUGCUGAGAAUCAUAUCAUACUGUAGGAGAUGGUUAAAUGUUAUUCGAAGAAAAGUUAAAAGGCAAAGUGAGUCUAAAUUUGUUACAUUAGAUGAAAUUAAUAAAACUUUAGAAAAUUGUAUAAAACAAGUUCAAGGUAUAGAAUUUAAAAAUGAAAUAAAACAGUUAAAGUCUCGUGGAUGUGUUUCAAAGGGAAGUAAAAUCCUUAAUCUUUGUCCUAUUUUUGAUGAAAUAGGAAUACUAAGAGUUGGAGGUCGGAUUCAGCAAUCAAAGGUGCCCUAUGAUACUCAGCAUCCCAUAAUUUUACCUGCUAAGAGUCAUCUUAGCAGACUUUUAAUUAUGAAUGCUCACAAGAAAACUUUACAUGGCGGACCACAGAUGAUGUUAAACUAUAUCAGAUCAAAAUAUUGGAUCUUACGAGCUAAAGGUCAAGUAAAGAAAUAUUACCGUGAGUGUGUAACAUGUAUUAGAUACUCGAAGAAAACUACUCAGCAAUUGAUGGGUCAGUUGCCAGAGGUACGACUGAAACCAAGUCGACCUUUUAGUUCAGCUGGCGUGGACUAUACAGGACCUAUCAACAUUAGAUUUUCACCUGGCAGAGGUGCUAAGGCCUACAAAGGAUACAUAUGUGUGUUUAUAUGUAUGGUAACUCGUGCCAUACAUCUAGAGGCAGUAACGGAUUUAACAACAAAUGGAUUUGUCGCAGCAUUUAGGCGUUUCACAGCGAGGAGAGGACAUUGUUCAAACAUAUACAGUGAUAAUGGUACUAAUUUUGUAGGAGCCGACAAACAAUUGCAAAAUAUGUUUAGGAGUGCUAAAUCUUCAAUGACAGGUGAAUUAGCAGAGUUGUUAACAUUAGAGCGUACUACAUGGCAUUUCAUUCCUCCUCACGCACCAAAUUUCGGUGGCUUAUGGGAAGCGAGGGUUCGCAGUAUGAAGGUACAUCUUAGGAGAGUCAUUGGGGAUACAACACUUACAUACGAGGAACUAACUACAGUGCUAACGCAAGUAGAAGCAUGUUUAAAUUCGCGACCUUUAACAAUUUUGAGCGACGACCCUAAUGAUCCCUUACCCCUGACACCUGGUCAUUUUUUGAUUGGUGAGCCCUUACUUAAUUUAACUGAUGAAAAUUAUAGUCUAUGUAAAAUACCGUGUCAUGAAAGGUGGAAAUUAACACAAAAAAUGGUAAAUGAUUUCUGGAACAGAUGGUCCAAGGAAUAUUUAGUAAGUCUUAAUCAAAGAUAUAAAUGGCAUAGUAAAAACACUGAACCAGAAAUCGAUGAUAUUGUAAUAUUAAAGGAGGAUAAUAUUCCACCUAGGUUCAGUAAAAUUAGAGCUAACUAUAUUGAGUUAUAA